AUGUAUGGUAAACUGUCAAAGACAGGUGAACCAUCAUUCACACAGGCAACUGCAUAGAACACCACAUUUCCAGUGAAAUAAUUGAAGUGUCUGUCUGAAGAGACUGAAAUCAAAUUUGAGUUCAUAUUUAUUUCAGAGAAACCAAACCUGGAUCCGGACCACCCUGACUUUGCCCCUUCCCUCUUCCUUCGCCCAGAGGACUAUGCCUCGAGUCCGAACACAGCUCAGACAGAAGGCAAAAGAAUACUGCAGAGCUAUGACAGGGCAGUGAAAAAGAAGUGCCUUGACCUGAGUGAGGUUGGAGGUGCUGACCUGAGGGACAGUGACGCUGACACCGCAGAAGAAACUGAAGAGCAGGACCUGGGCACUUGUGUAUCGUGUGAUGUCAUGAGGAAGGCCUUAAAUGAUUUGCAGUCCAGACAUGAUGCUCUGCAAGUCGAAGCUGUCAAUCUCAGGGCGGAGAGAGACUUUUACAAAGAGAACGCAUCUCAAUCUUCUCUCUUUGUUGACACCUUUACAGACAGAGACAAUGAAACACAUGCAGUGAGAGAAGUGUCAAGCAUGGCUAAAUCAAAUGGUAUGAACGAACAAUGUACUGUGAUGGUUGAGGAGCCAUGUCUUAUGAAGUUUGAGGGGCCAUGUCCUGUGAAGGUUGAGGGGGACUAUGAUCAAGUGUUGAUUAAGGAAGAGGAACAACAGGUCCAAAUAGAACUUUGUAGCCCCUUGGUUAGUCAGGACAAAGUGACCAAUGUCUCCCAGGAUAAACCUACCCAGCAUAACAACAUUAUGAAGGCCCCCAGACGACCAUGUCUGUUAGCCCAGGAUAAACCCAUCCAGAUAGUCAACACAAUGUCCCUCACUAGAGUGGUAGCCCCCAGCCCCUCAAGUCAGGUAACCAAGGAUAAACCUAUCCAGCUUGCCAAAACCAACAACCAAUGUUCUGUGAAGGUUGAGGUGGACUAUGAUCAAAUGUCGAUUAAGGAAGAGGAACAAAAGGUCCAAAUAGAACUUUGUAGCCCCUUGGUUAGUCAGGACAAAGUGACCAAUGUCUCUCGCAGGCUCCCAUGUCAUGUCCCCAAGGAUAACCCUAUCCAGCUUGCAAAAGCCGUAGUAGAAACCGACCUAAUGACUAACCAUCUACCUGGCAGCCAAACCACCGCUGAGCCUUUGCAGAAGAGUCCUCUGUCAGCUCAUAGGACACCUGUUGCAGGCAAACAAAUUCAGAGAAGCAGAACAAACACAGAGAAGGAUGAAUUGCUUUGGCUGGGCUACAUGAAGUGGAACGUGCGUCUUCCUGCAAGCACAAUUAGAACCGCACACAAGUUUCAGACGCCUAGGGCAACAGUGCAAUAUCUUCUACAUGCUGUCUUCUCCCAAUGUGAACUAGCCUCCAGCAAUCUCAUGGGCAUCCCUGCACUGGGGCUUAACAAACUGGACCCGGACAAACUUUCUGCCAUAAGACAGUUUGUCGCUGCAAAGUUUCGCCGUUUAGACAUGCGCCAAUGUGGUAAAGACUGGGUAAAGUGCCGGCGCCAGAUAACCAGCAUGCUCAGGAACAUUCGAAAGGAGGAUAGGAAGACGAGGGGGCUCUCAGGAAACCUUUGUACGAUAGAGAAGGUGGUAACGGAUCAGUGUUUGCCCAGUCAGCCAUCGCCUCCCUCAUUCCCCUUGAUCUCCCAACAGCACACAGCCGCCUUCUACAGCCCAACAGAAGAAGAAGAAAUCCUCUGUCUGGAGAGUUAG